CGCAAUUACAAAGACCGGAUGACGUUGUUGCGCAUCGAACAGGACAUGAUCGCCCUAGUUAGAGAUACCAAACGUACCUGUCACCGCUUUCCGGCCAUGUCCUCCUAUCACCGAAUGCUCGUCCACCAAGUCGCCGCUUACUUUGGCAUGGAACACAAUGUCGACCAAUCCGAUAACUGCGUGGUGGUGAGCAAAUCGCGUCACACGCGGUUGCCGGAGGUCGCAUUCAAAGAGUAUGUUCGUGACGAUGUCGUCCUUCCGGAGGAGUCCAACAGGAAAUUGAAUCCCAAAAGAGAAACGGUCUCGUUCGAGGAACCCGACCAUCACAGCAGCAACGGCAGCAGCAGCAACGGCGGCAACAAGUUCACCCGUUCGUUGGAAAUCUGA